AACGAGCCUUUUCUGCCCGACAUUAUCUCCAUCCAGACUCCGCUGGAAAGGAGGUUGAAAUGACGGAUGCAACCAUGGGAGAGAGACCCGGGGAUAGUUUAUUUACAUCCGAAGAGGCUGUGUAAGUUUAGAGGGAAGUCGCUGCGUGUGUCUCCCUCUUUACUUUCACCGACCCCCUCCUCCUCCGCUGGCAGAAAAUUAUAAAGAACAAAAAAUCCGACGAGGGAGGGAGGGGUGUUGAUAUACGCCGAGGCUGAAAUCGAGAGGCGAACCCAGGGAAAGAGGAGUAAUUUGUACACUGGACUUUCCCCCUCUUAGUCCCCCCAAAGGAGGGGGAAAAGUCGCAAUAUUGGAGACGAAAAGGAAUGAGCUUCUAAGGGCGUGAAAACGUCUGCAAUUGUGGAUACUUUAUAUAUUUUUAUUUCGAAAAAAUAUGGCCGAGAACGUUCUGGACUCUGGCCCGCCUUCAGCCAAAAGGCCUAAACUCUCCUCUCCGGCACUUUCCGCCUCCGCCAGCGAUGGAAAUGAUUUUGGCUCACUGUUUGACUUGGAGCAUGAUCUCCCAGACGAGCUCAUCAGCUCUAAUGAACCAGGCCUGGUCAAUGGUGGGGACCUCAGCCAAUUGCACACCACUCUGGGAGGAGGACCUGCAGGGCUGGGUCCUGGAGGAGGCAGUGGAGUUGCAGGAGGAAUGGGACUUGGACUUGGCGGAGGCCAGGAUGCGGUUGCCAAGCACAAACAGCUGUCCGAGCUUUUGCGCUCAGGGGCACCCACCUCGGGCCAACAGGGACACCAAGGAGCCAUGGGCAGCCCGGGAGGCCCCACCACCAUGGGGCAACACUUGGCCAACAUGAAGGCAUCCCCUGGCCAGGGGCCUCCACAGAUGAUGGGCCAGGGGCAGCAGCACCUCUCCCCUCAGCAGCAGGCCAACAUGAUGCAGCAGCAACAGAAUGCUGCAGCUGGAAUGAUGGGUGGCAUGAACAGGGCCAUGAUGGGAGCACAGCAGAAAGGCAACAAUGGACAACAGCAGCCAGGCAUGAUUGGGACCCAGGUGAUGAAUGGCUCUCCCAGGAUGGGCUUUGGGAAUCAGGGGAUGGGUGGCAACGGCAACCUGUUGGCCGAGACCCUACAGCAGCAGGGAGCUGGGGGUCAGGCCGGGAUGAGAGGCCAGCAACCUGGAGCAAUGAACAAGAUGGGGAUGAUGGGGAACCCAGGGGGCCCUUUUGGAAGUCCAUAUGCAGGGCAGGGUAAUCAAGGUCUGGGAGGCGCAGGGCUGGGCCCUCAGCUCCAGAACAAAGGUCCAAUGGCCCAGUUCAACGUGGACAAGAAGAACCAGCCCAUGCAGGGGAUGGCUGCCAUGGGCUCCCAGCAGUCACAAACGGGUGUGGGUGGUCCUUCUGGUGCCCCUGUGGGAGGAGCCCCAGGGAUGGUGCCCAAUGCUCAGGCAGGUCUGGUGGGUCCCGGUACGCAGGUUUCUGCAGCGUCUGCUGCUGCCGGAGCACCACCCACAGCUGACCCUGAGAAGCGCAAGCUGAUCCAGCAGCAACUGGUACUCCUGCUCCAUGCACACAAGUGCCAGCGGCGGGAGCAAGCCAAUGGUGAAGUCCGGCAGUGCAACCUACCCCACUGCCGAACUAUGAAGAACGUCCUCAACCACAUGACUCACUGCCAGGCUGGCAAGUCCUGUCAGGUUGCUCACUGUGCAUCGUCAAGGCAGAUCAUCUCUCAUUGGAAGAACUGCACGCGACAUGACUGUCCUGUCUGCCUGCCACUGAAGAAUGCUGGGGACAAGAGGAAUCCGCAGUGUGAGUCUCUACUCGGUGCGGCCGCUGCAGGUCUGGGCAGCUCUCUUGGGGCAGUACCCGGUGGCCAACCAAGUGCUCCCAACCUCAACCCUCCGAGCCAGAUUGACCCCAGCUCCAUAGAGAGAGCCUACGCAGCCCUGGGCCUCACCUACCAGGGCAACCAGAUCCAGGUUCAGACAGCCCAGUCCAAUAUGUCCAACCAAGGCUUGCAAGGCCAGGCUGGCAUGAGGCCUCUGAACCCAAUGGGUGCGAAUGCUAUGGGAGUGAAUGGAGGUGUGGGAGCUUCCUCUCAGAGCCAACAAGCCAGCCUGCUGCAGGAUACCAUGAUGCACCUCAAUGUGAACAGCCAAGGUCUGAUGAAUGAUGCCAGUGGGGUCGGUUCCAUGCCCACAGCAGGCCCUCCCUCUACCUCAGGCAUGAGGAAAAGCUGGCAUGAGGACAUCACGCAGGACCUACGAAACCACUUGGUACACAAACUUGUUCAGGCCAUCUUUCCAACUCCAGAUCCUGCUGCACUCAAGGACCGUCGAAUGGAGAACCUGGUAGCCUAUGCCAGAAAAGUUGAGGGAGACAUGUAUGAGUCGGCCAACAGUAGAGCUGAGUACUAUCACCUGCUAGCAGAGAAGAUCUAUAAGAUCCAGAAGGAGCUAGAAGAGAAGAGGCGGACAAGGCUCCAGAAACAGGGUCUGGGCCUCGGGCCUGCAGGCAUGGGGCAGCCCCCCACUGGACUACCUCCAAACGGCCCACUCCCUGACCCAUCAAUGGUGCGACCGGCUGGACCAAAUCAGAUGGUCAACAGGAUGCAAGGCCCAGGUAUGAAUCAGUUCAAUCAGAUGGGAAUGCAGUCCAUGGGCCAGAGGUCCACGCCUCCUCUCCCCAUAGGAGCAUCUGGUAACCAGAUGGGAAUGGUGGGGUCCAGGAUGGGGCAGCCUAAUGUCAAUCAGCUGCAGAACCAGUAUCUGUCCCAGGGACAGUUCUCCGGCUCAGGACCAGGAGUUGGAACAGCUCAGCCUGGGAUGGCCCAAUCCGGAGCACAGGCAGGCAUGGCACAGACGCAGAUGGGCACUCCUCCUUCCCUUCCGGUUGCUAGUCCUCUAGCACAGCCAGGUUCAGCUAGUGGCAUCUCUACAGUGGGGCCCAUGGGUCCUCAGAGUGUGGGUGGCGGAGGUCCCAACUCAGCUGUUGGAGCCCCUGCUCCCUCAAUGACUCCAUCUAACACAAACCAGCAACCAAACUCCAUCCCCCAUUUGGCAGCCAUGCGUGGCUCGCCCUCCCCUGCUCACAGCCGAUCUCCCACUCCUCAUCAAACACCCCCCAGACUCGCUGGGUCCCAGACCCCACAGCCACACACCCCUAACGCACCACAAGUGGGUCCGCCUUCAGCCCCCCAGCAGAACCAGCUUGGCCAGGGCCCUGGCUCCAACAAGUCCCUCCAACAGCAGCACAUGGGCUCAGCUGGUUCGACAACUCCAUCUCACCCUGGAUUGGCCUCCAGUUCAACGCCGCAUGGUGCUCAGAUGCCGCGCACUCCGUUGUCCCAGAAGGGUUCCUUCCCAGGGGACAGUCAGGCCCUGACUCCAGCCUCUGUCAGCAGCCUGGACACUUCCUCCCAGCAGCCCCAGUCGAAUGCUUCAGCCGCCAACCUUGACCCCAAGAUGGAGAUCAAACAGCAGGAUGAGGAGGACGAAAGCGACCCCGGCAGCUGUUCCAAAGGAGGAAAGCUCAGCAACCUCAAAACCGAGGAAAAGCCUGUGAAGUUAGAGGUGAAAAAGGAGGAGUGUUACGGAGAAGGAGGCAAAGGGGUUCCCAUGGAUACAUCGACGGCAACACCGGCGGCGAGCAUUAAGACGGAAGACAGGAAACCAGAGAUAAAGAAGGAGGUGAAAGACGAAGAGGAGACGUCGGAGGCAGCUACUCCACAGGCCCCAGUGAAAAAGAAGAUCUUCAAGCCAGAAGAGCUUCGUCAGGCUCUGAUGCCCACACUCGAAUCUCUCUACAGACAAGAUCCCGAGUCUCUGCCCUUCAGAAUGCCUGUAGACCCACAACUGCUGUGCAUACCUGACUACUUUGAUAUUGUGAAGAACCCCAUGGACUUGUCUACUAUCAAGCGAAAGCUGGAUACAGGUCAGUACCAGGACCCUUGGCAGUAUGUGGAUGACAUCUGGCUGAUGUUUAACAACGCCUGGCUGUACAAUCGCAAAACAUCCAGAGUCUACAAGUACUGCUCAAAGCUGGCCGAGGUUUUUGAGCAGGAGAUCGAUCCUGUCAUGCAGAGCCUUGGCUACUGUUGUGGGAGGAAGCUGGAGUUCUCCCCUCAGACACUGUGCUGCUACGGAAAGCAGUUGUGUACUAUUCCCAGAGAUGCUGCUUACUUCAGCUACCAGAACAGUUCACCAAAAUUUGGGCUUAUUGCUAACAGGUACCACUUCUGCGAGAAGUGCUUCAACGAGAUCCAGGGAGAGAUGGUUUCCCUGGGCGACGACCCUACCCAGCCACAGACAUCGAUUAACAAGGACCAGUUUGAGAAGAAGAAGAAUGACACACUGGACCCUGAACUGCUUGUUGAAUGUAUGGACUGUGGGCGCAGGAUGCAUCAGAUUUGUGUCUUGCACCAUGAAACAAUCUGGCCAUCGGGUUUUGUGUGUGACGGCUGCUUAAAGAAGGCAAACAAGACCAGGAAAGAGAACAAGUAUUCUGCCAAAAGGUUGCCCCAGACAAAGUUAGGCUGUUACCUUGAGGCAAGAGUGAAUGACUUCCUGAAGCGCCAGCCCCACACGGACGCUGGAGAAGUCUUCAUUCGCGUCGUCCACGUCUCUGACAAAGUGGUGGAGGUGAAACCAGGCAUGAAGUCCAGAUUUGUGGACAGUGGAGAGAUGUCGGAGUCUUUCCCAUACAGAACAAAAGCCCUUUUUGCGUUCGAGGACAUUGAUGGAUCAGACGUCUGCUUCUUUGGUAUGCAUGUUCAAGAGUACGGAUCCGACUGCCCUCAGCCCAACCAGAGGCGAGUAUACAUCUCCUACUUGGACAGUGUACACUUCUUCCGGCCUCGUUCUCUAAGAACAGCAGUCUACCAUGAAGUCCUCAUCGGCUACUUGGAAUAUGUCCGGAAGUUGGGCUACACCACUGGGCACAUCUGGGCCUGCCCACCUAGUGAAGGGGACGACUACAUCUUCCACUGUCACCCUGCAGAUCAGA